UUUUCUCUUCUUUUCUUAAUAAUUAAAAAAUGGUUGUGUUCUCAGAUAUCGUGCAUGGGUUUGGAUCCGUAUUUGAAACGCCUGAUGGCUUGACACUGGAGAUGGUGCUAUCUGAUAAAACAUCGAGUCCGUUUAGUUUGUUUGAUUUCUCUGAAUAUUUGAAACAAACAUACUGUAAUGAAAACUUGAUGUUUUAUCAAGCUGUCAUGGAUUACAAGGAAAGAUGCAGUGCCUACUUUGACGGUGAAUUUGAUUAUAAGCAUCAGCCCGAAGACAGCAAAGAGAUUCUUUUGUUUGAAACACUCAAGAAUAAAUUCGAAAUUAUCCUUCAAACAUUCAUACUGACGGAUGCAACGCAAGAAAUUAAUAUUCCAUAUGAAAUAAGACAUCAGUUAUUAAGCUCGUAUCAACGACAGCAGUGUUAUCAUCCGAAUUUAUUGGAUCCAGCCUGUAAUGCUGUUAUCGAACUGUUAAGAAUCAGUGCCUUUAUACCAUUUGCCACGGAUCCCAGUAGGCUGAAAAAGAAGUCGCUUUUAAAGAGAAUCACGACUUCACUCAAGAGUCGUUAUCCACUGGCAUCUCUUGAUUCUCCUCCCAUGUCACCCAAACCCACAUGGCAAUGACAUUAAUAUACCUGAUCCCCAUGUUAAUAAAAAAAGACUAUAUAUAUAUAUUUUUUUUUUCCUUUUUUUUUU